GUUUGCUGGUUUGUGAACCGUCAGUUAAGUUUUGCCCGUUCUUGGGUGUUGAUUAUUUGACAUUUUAUGCGGUAUUAAUUUAUAUUGUUUUAUAUAUGAUUUAAGUUGUUUACACAUUUGUUUUUGUGAUUAAAAAUUGUUUUAAGUUUUUGUUGCUGAUAACCUAUAAAAGUUAUAAAAAAAAGAGAGAAAUAUGCCUGUCUUCCACACGAAAACAAUAGAGAGUAUUCUCGAUCCUGUCGCACAGCAGGUAUCGAGACUUGUCAUUUUACAUGAAGAAGCCGAAGAUGGAAAUGCAAUGCCAGAUUUGUCAAGGCCUGUUCAGGCCGUUAGCAUGGCUGUGGCGAAUCUUGUAAAAGUUGGAAAGGAAACUAUCAAUUCGUCCGAUGAUGCCUUACUAAAGCAAGAUAUGCCUAGUUCACUUCACAGGGUUGAAGGAGCUUCUCGCCUUUUAGAAGAAGCUUCAGUAAUGCUUAAGGCAGACCCCUAUUCUGGUCCUGCAAGAAAAAAAUUAAUUGAAGGUUCACGUGGUAUACUACAAGGAACAAGUUCACUUUUAUUAUGUUUUGAUGAGAGCGAAGUUCGUAAAAUUAUUCGCGAAUGCAAACGAGUUUUGGAUUAUUUAGCAGUGGCAGAAGUCAUUGAGACAAUGGAAGAUUUGGUGCACUUUUUGAAAAAUCUUAGCCCAUGCCUUAGCAAAGUAUCAAGAGAAGUAAGUGCUCGUGAAAAGGAAUUAACUCAUCAAGUUCAUCGAGAAAUUUUAGUCCGGUGCCUUGAACAAGUUAAGACACUUGCUCCAAUUCUUAUUUGUUCAAUGAAAAUUUUUAUUCACAUUAUUUCACAUGGUGGAAAAGGAGCAGAAGAGGCAGCUGAAAAUCGUAAUUAUCUAUCAGGACGAAUGUCUGAUGAAUUAAAUGAAAUUAUUCGCGUUCUCCAGUUGACGACUUAUGAUGAGGAAGAAUGGGAUGCAGAUCAAUUGACGGUAUUGAAGAAAGCCCAAAGUGCCAUAGAAUCCCGAAUAAGAGAAGCUUUCGAUUGGCUUGACAAUGGCGACGCUUUGCGUGGAGGAGUUGGCGAAAAGAGUAUUCGUCAAAUAAUAGAACAAACUCAACGAUUGGCGGAUCGUUAUCUUCCACCCUCGCAAGCUGAGCCGCUGGCAAAAUUAGCGUCUGAAAUCACUACAAUGACAAAUGCUUUAUGCGAACUUCGUCAACAAGGAAAAGGCAAUACUCCGCAAGCGGAAGCAUUAGCUCGAAGCAUUAAAGAAAAGCUAAAUCUACUUCGUUCAAAUGUUGCCUCCGCUCUUGUAGCAGCUGAUAAAUCAGGAACCGUUCAGGCAGCUCAUACAGUCGCUGGUCGUCUUGAACAAGCCAAUAAAUGGCUUUUGAAUCCUCAGCACGACGACAAGGGACUUGGCCGUAAAGCAAUUGCCUUAAUUGUUCACGAGGGAAAAAAGGUAGCUGAUGGAUUGCCAGGAAUUCACAAAGCCGAAAUUUUACAACUUUGCGAUGAGGUCGAGAGUUUGUCACGUCAACUGGAAGAUCUUUGUCAUCGUGGACAAGGAUCAAGUCCUCAAGCUCAGGAAAUUGCUCGUCAAUUAUCGCACAAACUUCAUGAAUUAAAAAAUAAAAUACAACAAGCUGUUGUGUCACGUGUGGUUGAAGAUUUUAUUGACAUCACAACGCCUUUAAAACAAUUCACAGAAGCCGUUCUCGCUCCUGAAGGAACACCAAAUAGAGAAUUGAACUUUAAUGAUAAAACACUUGCCCUUCAAACGUUUUCAAAUAGGGCAGCGAAAACGGCAAAAAUGGUGGCAGCUGGUGGAAGUGGUGGAAAUAAAAAAUUAGCCGAAGCUCUGAAUACCAGUGCAUCACAAAUUGAGUCCUUGACUCCGCAGCUAGUGAACGCUGGACGUAUCCGAAUGACAUAUCCCGAAAGUAAGGCAGCUGAUGAGCAUUUUGAAAAUUUAAGGCAGCAAUAUGCGGAUACAAUUCAGAGAGUAAGAGCACUAUGCGAUGAAGCGACUGAUAGUGGAGAUUUUAUUAAGGCAUCCGAGGAACAAAUGCAGAAACAUUCCUUCCUAUGCGAGGAAGCAAUUGCCAAAAAUAAUCCACAAAAAAUGGUGGACAAUACUUCAGCUAUUGCCAGAUUAGCAAAUAGAGUUAUUUUGGUGGCUAAGCAAGAGAGUGAUAAUAGUGAAGAUCCUGCAUUUAUUGAAAGAGUUAAUAGAGCAACCGAUGCACUUCAAAAUGCUGUUGCUCCAAUGGUUCAGGAUGCGAAAAAAGUGGCGAUGAAUACAAAUGAUGGUCCAGCGGUGUCUAAAUGGAGAGAGAGCAAUCGUAAUCUUCUUGGAGCAGUUGGUCAAGUAAGGAAAGCCGUCACAGCCGAUUCUGAUGUCAUUCAGCCUCCUGCUAUUUCUCAAUUACACAUUGGCGAUGACCAACAUGUAACAAGCAAACCUUGCAAUUACUUCACAGAGAAAGUUGGUGAACCUUUAAGGAAUCAGCCCUCACCUAGCAAUUUACGUGUCAAUUCUCCCAUGGAGAACCAUAAACCACUGCAUCGACCUGUCAGUCCUUUACCAAAAUGGGCUCGUGGAGGAGAUAAUCCUGAACUCUUAUACCACGAUCUAGCUUCUGUGGAUGAAUUAGAAAAAUCAGAUCGAGCUAGAGAAAUGGCUCCUCCACGUCCACCUUUGCCCAGUGGAGACAUCCCACCUCCAAGACCACCACCACCUGAGACAGAUGACGAAGAUGAGAUGUUUAUGCAUGCCCCUCAACCAAAUCAACCAAUUAUGAUGGCAGCUCAUGGAUUGCAUCAAGAAGUGCGUCAAUGGUCAAGCAAAGAUAAUGAAAUAAUUGCGGCAGCUAAAAAGAUGGCUAUUUUAAUGGGUAGAUUAUCAGGAUUAGUUAGAGGAGAAGGUGGUAAUAAACGCGAUUUAAUAGCAUGUGCUAAAGCUAUUGCUGAAGCAUCACAAGAAGUCACUCGUCUUGCCAAAGAACUCGCUAGAGAGUGCACUGACAAACGUAUAAGAACGAAUUUACUUCAAGUUUGCGAACGUAUUCCAACGAUAGGAACACAGUUGAAAAUAUUGUCAACUGUGAAAGCUACAAUGCUUGGAGCACAAGGCACUGAGGAAGAUCAAGAAGCGACAGAUAUGCUUGUUGGCAAUGCUCAAAAUUUGAUGCAAAGUGUAAAAGAAACAGUUCGUGCUGCUGAAUGUGCAAGUAUUAAAAUUCGCACAGCAUCUGGAAUGAAACUUCGAUGGGUUCGACGUCAGCCUUGGUAUCAAUAUUAAAUUUUAAAACGAAACUGAAAACUUAUUCACUGCCUCUUUGGUUUUCUAUAUAAAAAGAGUUUUCAAAAUAAUUGUCAAAUUUCUGCCAACUUCAAAUUACAGGGACACAAAGAGAAAAAAAAACUGCAAUUAUUCUGCUCUUGAGUUAUACAGUAACUCUUUUUUUUUUUAAUAAUUUAACAUUAAACUCAAGAUAAUCAGCAUUUACAAGAGCAGAAAACAUUUUAACCAAAUAUUAUAUAUUCUGAUAUCAAUAGUAAACGAAAUACUAAUGUUAACAAUUUUUAAUGCAUGAUAUUUAGAUAUUUAGAGCAGUAAUUUUUGGAGUGUUUAAAUAUCACGUAGAGUUUAAAAAUAUAUACACUAUUUUUUAAUACACGUAUAUAAUGAAUCUAAAGUCGUGAAUAGACGACACAACGUGACGUUGACAGUUUAUUUUUAUAAAGUUACGUGCAAUAAAUACCCAUUGUAAGUCGUUAAAAAAUUCAUUUAAUUUCUGAAAACGGUGCUAUAAAUAAUUGCCAAAAGAGAGUCAAUUUAAGGUGAAUAUUAUUUCUCUUCUAAAUUCUAUUUUUUUUUCUAUAUUCAGAUUAUUUGAAUAAUAUUAACAAUUUGCUACUUUGUUCAUUUGAAAUAUUUAUACGGAAUUUGCUUCUCGAAAAUUGAUUUUGAUUUGAAUAUAAUUUUUUUAUUUAAUUUCAAUUAGUUCUAAAUUCUAAAUUAUUGUUUAAUAAUAAAUUUUUAUUUGACAGAGAUAUAAUGUGAAAAUGAAAAAUUGUAAUUCUUCUUCAUCUAACAGAAAAAAUGAAAAAUGUUACCGAAAAUUCUAUUAAGUUACGAUUUUAAGAAUUUUUAUAUAUUAUAAACACGUCAUAUUUUUCACAUAAAAAAAAUGUAUAAAUCAUUUUAUAAAUAUGGCAAAUUUUUUUUAAUCCCAAACAUAAUUUCAUUUGGAACGAAAUUAUGAAAUAUUAUUGACAGAGAGAAUUAAUGAUUUUUUAAUAGCAAGAGCUAUGCAAGUUCCAUAAUCUAAUUACAAGUCCAAGCAACAAGUGCAAUUCCAAGUAUUAUCACUUUAUAUAAGAGAUUAAGUGUUUA